AUGAAGGCCGUCGUUGUUGAACAAUACGGACCAGUCGAAAGUCUGGAAGCUCAAAAUGUUCCCGAUACAGGGGACCCUAAGGGCCGCGAUCUGUUAAUAAGGGUGGAAGCGUGCUCGGUGAAUCCUAUUGAUAUGAAAGUCCGCGCUGGUAAAUACGACGAUUAUCCUGACUACUACUCUCAUGUUCCCCGCCCAUAUCAAAUCUGUGGCUAUGAUGGCGCGGGAACAGUGAUGAAAAAGGGCCCCGGGUGUUCGCUCUUUAAUGAAGGAGAUGAAGUCUUUUACUCCGGUAGUCCAAUUCGACAUGGAUCCAAUGCGGAAUUUCAAUUAGUGGAUGAGCGCUCUGUGGGACACAAGCCCAAAAGUCUCGAUAUGGUCGAGGCUGCUGCCAUGCCUCUUACGUAUCUCACCGCUUAUCAGGCACUCGUUGAACAAAUGAAGAUUGAGAAGAAGGAAAAAGCGGCAGUGCUUAUCAUCAACGGGGCAGGUGGUGUUGGGGCCGUGGCUAGUCAAAUUGCCCGCCAGCUCCUUGAAUUGCCCGCUGUGAUUACGACCGCUUCUCGCCCGGAGAGUGUUGACUUCACGAAAAAGAUGGGAGCAACGCAUGUCAUCAACCACAGGGAAGAUCUGCUGAAGCAGAUCCAAAAGCUCGAACUUGACGUUCCUGUGAAAUAUAUAUUUAUCACGCAUUCGACCGACCAAUACAUGGACGUGUGUGCCAAAAUUUGUGCGCCAUUCGGCAAGGUCUGCUCGAUUGUACAAGGCCAAGCCAAGAUGUACGGCACAGAGUUUAUGGCAAAGUCUUUGUCUUUCAUCUGGUGCCUGGUUGGUACUAAACCUGUCUAUGGCAUGGAUGUGGAGUCUCACCACCGAAUUUUGGAAGAGUUGAGCCGGCUGUUGGAUGCUGGAAAGAUUCGUUGUCAUCUGACGCAGCGACUAGGGUUGACACUCGAUGGUCUUCGUGAAGCCCACCGGGCUAUAGAGAGUGGGGCCAAUAUCGGAAAGACUGGGUUGGCAAUUGGUGAUAUUCACGGCGCUGAAGCCUUCAUGUAA